AUGGACAAGACUCCGCCAAGAGUACUCACCAUCGCUGGAUCAGACAGUGGCGGCGGAGCUGGAAUCCAAGCAGAUCUCAAGGUGAUGGAAGCCCACAAAGUAUACGGCAUGUCCGCCAUUACCGCCGUCACCUCCCAAAACACCCUCGGCGUCGACGGCGUCCAAGUCAUGUCCCCUGACUUCGUCUCCAAACAAAUCGAAGCCGUAAUCUCCGACCUCGGCGUCGACGUAAUCAAAACCGGCAUGCUCGCAACCCAAGAAAUCGUUUCGUGCGUCGCUGCACAAAUCAAGAAACAUGGCGUGGAGAAGACGGUGGUGGAUCCGGUUAUGAUUGCUACGAGUGGGAGUAGUUUGUUGGAUGAGAAGGCGCAUUCGGCGUAUAUUCGGGAGUUGUUGCCGUUGGCGUAUGUGCUUACGCCAAAUGUGCCAGAGGCCAUACAGUUGGUUGCUGCGGCGGAAGGGAAGCAGAGGGAGGAGAUUGAGGCGAAUACACUGGAUGACAUGAGAAAUCUCGCACGAAGACUACACAAGCUGGGCCCGAAGAACGUAUUGGUCAAGGGUGGACAUCUCCCCUUCACGAAAGACUGCCAACCAGCAUCCUCGGAAGAAGAGAAAGAAAUCGUGGUUGACGUCUUAUUUGACGGAGAGCAAUUCUAUGAGGUCGAAACCCCAUAUUCGUUCUCGAAAAACACCCACGGCACAGGGUGUUCCCUCGCCUCCGCCAUCGCCUCAAACCUCGCUCUCUCCCACCCCGUCCCCGACGCAGUGCGACACGCAGUCUACUACGUUGAAGGCUCCAUAAACCACUCUUACCCUGAGCUCGGUCAGGGUCACGGGCCGCUGAAUCAUGCGUUUAACACGCAAAGGGUGCCGUUUGUGAAGGGGAGGUUUUUGUACUGGUUGUUGGAACAUCCGAGGGUUAAGGGUGUGUGGAGAGAGUAUACGCAUCACGAGUUCGUGGAACAACUCGGAAAAGGCACCCUACCCAUUGAGUGCUUCAAAUACUACCUCCAACAAGACUACCUCUACCUCGUCCAAUUCGCCCGAGCGAAUGCAUUGGCGGCAUAUAAGGCUACGAAUAUGCCAGACAUUACUGCAUCCGCCGAAAUCAUCCUCCACAUCGCCAAAGAAAUGGAACUCCACAUCUCCUACUGCGCCGAAUUUGGCCUCUCCCGCGACGACCUCGAGAACGGAAAAGAGAGCAUGCAAACCCUCGCAUACUCCCGCUACAUCCUCGACAUCGGAACCUCCCAAUCCUGGCUCGCACUCCAAGUCGCACUCGCAGCUUGUCUCCACGGAUACCACCACAUCGCUGCACGACUUCACGCAUCGCCCUCUACGGUUCGGGGAUCGGCGAAUCCGUAUUGGAAGUGGAUUGAGAAUUAUGUGGCAGAGGAUUAUGUUCAGGCUGUUGAGCGGGGACGGGAGCUGUUGGAGAGACAUGUGUGGGCGGAGGGGACGACGGGGAUUGAGGGGCUGGUUGAGAUAUUUGGGAGGGCGACGGAGUUGGAGGCGGGGUUUUGGGGGAUGGGGUUGGCGGGGCCGCCGGGGUGGAAGAGCGGGGAGGAGGAGAAGCAGCUUGAGAACUGA